UAUUUGUGGAACAUGUCCAUAGUUAAAGUGAUGAAAUACAUCUGUGGUUAUUCUGCUAGGACAUGAGGGGAAAAAAUAGAUUAGGUAAUAAAAAUGCAUAAGAAAUUCGUUUUGAGAAUGUUAUUUGGUUUGAUCAUUUGUAAUCAAUGAAAUCCACACAUACUUUUUAAUUGGGAAUUUUAUGAGACUCAACAAUGUGUCAUUAGAGGGAUUACUUGCCAUAUAUGUUCCUAAAAUUAGCUUUAAGUUAACAUUUAAGUUCAGCCAACCAACAUCUUAAAAUUAGAUUUCAAAUGUUCCGGACAUUUGCUGCUGUCAUCUGUAUGACUAAUGCAUCUCCGAUGUAUCAAUGCAACUGCAAAUUUGCUGCAAAAGCUAUCAGUAUUGAUCGUUUGAUUUUGCAGUAUUGAAACUUAUUUGCACAAGCAAACAUAGUGAAGAUGUAGCCUUCAGCACCCCAUCUAGAGGCCUGUUACCCAAAAUCAUUGUGAUCUUUCUUGGCAGUUUAUCAGUGUCAGUUCCAGGAAAUCAAGACAAUAUGACAAAUUAUCAACCACAUCUCAAGAUAUUCACCGUUUUCAGCCAGUGAACGAAGCUUAGCUUACGAUGCAAAAAGGAAGCUUGGUAGCCAAGUCUUGCCUUUUUGAGAGUAUAUAUACACAGCAUUCAGCAGUGGUGGAAUCAGGUAGCUCUGGCCUUCAAACAGCCAAAGUCUUGAGAGACCCAAGCAGACAGACAAAAUGAAGACUAUACUACUGCUCAUUUUCACUGUCUUGGUCUCCAGCGCUCCUGUGGAACACAACGAUAAGAACUUAUUGGGAGAGAUUAUUGAUGAGCUGGACAAAGCAGUGAAAAUGUUCUCAAAAGAGAACAAGGGAAAUGAAAUCUUCCUGACAAAACUGCAAAUGGAUGGCUGUAAGCGUGAGGUUUUCUGCCAGGCUGAGCAAGAACUGAAAAAGAAGGUUUCUGGGCUGUCUGGUGCCAAAUUUGACCAUUUCCGUAUUGACAAGAAACUAAUGAGGAAUUUAAACAAGUAUAACGAGCGCCAUGUGAAAACCUGCAAACCUGCUGAUGAAGGCCAAGAUGAAAUCCUUCUGCAUGCUUUCUUGAACAAACUCUUGACGUGUGUUAAGAGUGCAUAUAGCCAAGUCAAUGCACGUUUUGUGCAGUAUUUCUGUGAAGUGACUGAAAAGAACUUUUCAAUGAAGCGCAUUCCUGCAAAUCUCAGUGAAAUGACUUUACCGGCAGAGCUUGAGGAUGAGCUGGACAUGGCAAUGAACAAUGUCCCGAAGGAGACCAAGGAAAAGAAAAUCUUACUGAAAGAUGCGAUAAGUGACAAGAUUUUAGUGGAAGCAACUGAUGAUGAGCUGGACACGGCAAUGAAAAAUGUCUCAAAGGAAAAAGAGGGGGGGGGAAAUCUUACCAAAAGGUGCAAUAAGACUUUACCGGAAGAGCUUGAUGAUGAGCUGAACAAAGCAGUGAAACAUGUCCCAAAAGAGGCCGAGGAAAAGAAAGUCUUACUGAAAGUUGCGAUAAGCGAUAAUACUCCUGAAAGUCACAACAAUAAGAACUUAUUGGGAGAGAUUAUUGAUGAGCUGGACAAAGCAGUGAAAAUGUUCUCAAAAGAGAACAAGGGAAAUGAAAUCUUCCUGACAAAACUGCAAAUGGAUGGCUGUAGGCGUGAGGUUUUCUGCCAGGCUGAGCAAGAACUGAAAAAGAAGGUUUCUGGGCUGUCUGGUGCCAAAUUUGACCAUUUCCGUAUUGACAAGAAACUAAUGAGGAAUUUAAACAAGUAUAACGAGCGCCAUGUGAAAACCUGCAAACCUGCUGAUGAAGGCCAAGAUGAAAUCCUUCUGCAUGCUUUCUUGAAAAAUCUCUUGGGGUGUGUUAAGAGUGCAUAUAGCCAACGUGAGGUUUUCUGCCAGGCUGAGCAAGAACUGAAAAAGAAGGUUUCUAGGCUGUCUGGUGCCAAAUUUGACCAUUUCCGUAUUGACAAGAAACUAAUGAGGAAUUUAAACAAGUAUAACGAGCGCCAUGUGAAAACCUGCAAACCUACUGAUGAAGACCAAGAUCCAAUUCUUCUGCAUGCUUUCUUGAAAAAUCUCUUGCUGCAACAUGGGCCCCAUAGUGGGAGCUCAUGA